UUAAACAAAUAUUGCUUCUUCUUUUUGUUGAUCAUUAUUUUGUGACUUAUUGUAAAACUGUUUGUGUAGCCUUGGCAAAUUAUUCAUGACAGUCUUCAACCCUGUUAAGUGCUUAUGAUGACUUUAAAACAGAGAGCUGUUAAGUUAUACUGGAAAUUCCUCCUUGAAACAAUAGAGCUGUAUUGACACUUAUCGGCGUGAGGCUGGGUCGUAUCAUAAAGAGGACAAUUAAAUGUCAAAGGACAACGUGCGGGAUGAAGUGUUUUUAUGCCCCGAAAAUUAACGUUAUAAGGACGUCCUACCAGGAACGUUUAUAUACUAAUGGGAUUAGGCGACUUCUUCAUUUGCCAUGUUUUAAUACUUCCCAAACUAUCAGACAUUACGUGUAGCUGCUUCCAGUGAUGGGGUCAGACGAGAGCUGUGUGUGUUUUAUCGUAGGGGGAGGUAUCGUAGUGGUGGGAGGACUCCUGGUCAUACUGUUACCAAUGAGCUUCAGUGGACUAGAAUAUUAUGAGUAUGGAUUUGCCAAACAGAAAAGCACAGGGAGUGUUAAACUGGAUUCUGUCUACUCGUUUGGGAAACAUUUCAUUGGUCCAGACUAUGAGUUCAAAGUGUUCCAGGCGGAUGCCCAUCACUUAACCCUACAAAACAUCAAAGCCUUCACUUCAGACCGACUGGAGGUAAAGGUGACAGUGCAUCUACAGUAUUACCUGAGGAAAGACGACCUGCCUGCUUUGCACAGAAGAUUUGAUCUGGAUUAUGAAAGUGUGAUGAUUAACAGUGCCAUUGAUGCUGUCAAAGGAGCUAUUACAAUUUACACCACCAGGGAGCUGAUUUCGGAGAGGGUUAAGGUGGAGGAGGAUUUAUUCAAGGCCGUCCGGGAACGUCUUGGGGGCACCUGCUGCCAGGCGGACUGUAAAUCCUGGCUGUACGCCUGCCCCCCAGGGUGUAAGAGUGUGGAUCGCUGUACAGAAAAUGACAAAGGGGUGUUUGCAGAUGUCAAAUUCUUCCAGAUGGGUCAGGUUUUUAUACCAACUGAUGUGGAGGAGAGAUUCUUGAGACAGCUGACGCUGAAAGAGGACUCUGAGAAAGAGAAACUUCUACAGAAGGCUCAGGUGGAAAGGAAAAUCACUUCCUCUCAGGUUCAGAAAAUCAAGAACCAGGCUCUAGAGACGAGGGAAGAGGCCCAGGCUCAGUCAAACCUCAUCAAAAUCACAUCCAGUGCCAACUACACUGUCACUAUUGAGCAGGCUCGUGGUCUGGGGCUGACCACUCUGUACCGUGAGCUCAACAUCUCCACCCAAGGACACAAAAACAGCUUUGAUUAUCUCCGGACUCUUAGAGGCCUAGAUAAUGUCUGGUUAACUGUCGAUUUUAACCAAAGGAUUGUGGGAGGAUUUGGAGGCAACUGAUUAGUUUGUAAUUUUUAGAAAUAAGUUUGUAAAUUAUUUACUGUUUAGUUAUGAAUGCAAUUGUUUUUUCUGUUUUGACUUUUGUGCUCUUAGAAAUUGAUUGUGGCUUGGCAUUAUAAUAGGUCAGAAACAGUCAUUACUUGUAACUUGUACCUACUUUGCAAAGUCAACCUGCAUGAUCAUUCUUUUCCUCUGGAAAGUUAAUACAUUAAAUUGAAGGACUAUUUGCGGCAUUAUGCAUUUUUGCCACAGGGGCCAAGCCCGUUUUAACAUUAAUUUCAAUGUAACCAUAAAUAAAGAUUUAUGGUUACAUUGAAAUUAAUGUUAAAACAGGUUUGGCCCCUGUGAUUUUUGCAAGUUUUAUAAAAAGCUUUAAAAAUAAAGUGGAAGAUAUUUGAAGUCAUAUUGAAAAUAAGUAUGUAAAAGGUUAUCACCACAGUGAUGUCAUAAUGUAGAAACGACUUCAUGAAGAUUGUCUUAUUUUGAUAAAUUGAUGUUUUGUAGCAAAAUAUCGGUGUUUUUCAAUUUUUUUUCCACUGGGAUACAUCGAGCGCAGGCUUGCUCAGGUACCAUUUUUUAGUAUAAUGUGUAAAAUUUUAUGGAGAAUAACGUGUUAAAAUCACACUUGUGUAGACCUGCGCUCUAUACUAAAGAAAAAAUGAGAAUAUUUUCAAAAAUUUUGUUUGCAUAAUUGUUGGAAUUUAGUUACUUAGGUAACAUCAUAGAUAAACAGUGAAUGAGCAUUGAUGACUAAAAUCAAGAUUAAAGUGAUAGGCAUCCUCUGUAUAAUGACUUAUGAAGAUUUGAUAUUUAUACGAUACUACGUAAUUGAUUACAUUUGGGGGCAGAUAUUUGACCAUACCAAAUAUAGUCCUUUUUUCAGGUUACGUAAAAUGGUCAGUGUUGACAUAAGAGUAGUGCAUUGAAUUUUACAAACUAAGAGUGAUCAACAGUGGUGCUGUAUACAUGUAUAUGAUUAAUUUACUUAUCAUUUCAUCAGUAGAUGCAAUAACCCUAUUUAAAGAAAGAUAACUCUAAUUGAUCAAUUAUAAAUUUCUGUAAACGUUUACCCAACAUAGUUAUGAUGGGCAUUUUAAUCAUAAUUCCAUCUCUUCUUUCAAAAGCAUCAAUGAUAU